GGAAGUGUUUGUGCUGUUGGUGUUUAGCUGCGCAGAGUGUGUAGUGCAGCACCACUGGUUGACAUUACGAGAUUAAUUUAUUGUUUAAAGUGGACUAAAUUAAGGUGUGAACAUGUCUGGGGGAACCCGUCUGGAGAACGCAAACCCUGUGAUUUUCCAGCGGUCGGGGGAGAGGGUGCUGACAGCGAAAGACGAAGAUGAAGAUGUCCACGAUCCCAUCGACGACAGAGAAAUAUUCGAUCUGAUCAGAUCCAUCAACGACCCAGAGCAUCCUCUGUCUCUGGAGGAACUCAAUGUGGUGGAGCAAGUCCGAGUCAAGGUUGAUGAUGCAGAGAGCAAUGUUAGUGUUGAGUUCACACCCACCAUCCCACACUGCAGCAUGGCAACACUGAUUGGUCUGUCAAUCAAAGUCAAGCUGCUACGCUCCUUGCCAGACAGGUUCAAAAUUGAUGUCCGCAUCAGUCCCGGGACUCACGCCUCAGAGGAAGCAGUGAACAAACAGCUGGCAGACAAAGAGAGAGUGGCAGCAGCUCUGGAGAACUCCUCACUGCUGGAGGUGGUCAACCAGUGCCUGUCCACCAGAAGCAUCUGACCAGCCAAUCAGCUUUGUCAUCUCCUGCUUUUAGCUACUGAUUGACAACCGAACUUUUUGGCUCUUUGAUAGCUGAGAUGUGUCUGCCAAGCUCUCUAUUCACCCAUCUAGGUGUGAAUAACUGCACCUGGUGGACAUGUGUGCAGCAGGUCAAAGUCAGGAUCAUGCAGAGCUCAUACAGCUUGUUUCAGUGGCGUUUCGUGGACACAUUCUUGAAUGUGUCCACCUAAAGAGAGUAAUAGAAACUGUUACUCACAAUGCAGUAUUGUUUGGACAAAGCAGAGAAAUUAUACUUCCAUCUAUAAAUUUUGGGGUCGUCACUGUAAAAAAAGAUGAGAACCCAUUAGGUCAUUCAGUGUAAUUCCUGUUUUAUUAAAUCUGUUAAAUCCAUUACGUAUGCAGCAACGAUCCUUACCUGUUUAUAAUAUUAAUGCUUUUGACAUUUUAUUAAAAAUUUACAGAUUAGUAAUAAAAAUUAAAUGAUGAA